AUGGCUGACAAGGGAGAUGCUCGCCAUGACUCCAUCGGCUUCGAUCGCCGGGAGAGCGUCAUGGCCAUGUCCCAAAAUCUCACUGGAGAAAUUCGAAAUCCUUUGUCUGAUAUCCCCCGUGAACAACUGCUUCAGGAUGUCGACGACUUCGCCAACCAGCAAAACCUCACAGAUAUCCUCCCGCUGCUGCGCAAGGGAGCGUUGGUCGCCCAGAGCCCUGCCGACUUCGAGAACAUUGCCGAUCUGGACGAAGCGGACAGGGAAGCUUUGCGGAACGAAGUCGUUCAUCGGUGGAGACACCCAUGGGCUUUGUACUAUACCAUUCUUCUGAACUCCAUUGCUGCUGCUAUCCAGGGAUGGGAUCAAACUGGCAUGUUGCGCCCAGAUUAA